UCCCUGUGACUCACCUCCUUUUAUCUCUGUUUCAGUCUAUUUUCUCCCUCUCUUCCCUUUGACGGUCCUGUCGAUGUCUCUCUCUCUCAUCUCUGGUACGCUCUCAGUCCCCCUCUUUCCUUCCUUUUUCUCUGUACCCUUCCUCCUCCACCCCCUCCUCCUCUCCCUCUGCGGGGUACGCGGGGACCUGAUGCUCGGAGCAGCGCAGGUGAGAGGUGUGUGUGUCAGGCCGUGGAGUGUGUGACUCUUCCACAUGCCUGUGUGCGCGAGGGAUCGUCUGCGUGUGUGUUUCCGGUUUGCUCUGUGUCAAGUCAGGCUGCUAUGGUAGCAGAGAGGGGUGGCUCGUUUUAGUGUGUUUCUGCUGUUCCUGUUAGCCGUUGCUGCUGCUGCAUUGCAGGAGGAACAGGCAGCCUCUGAGCUCAUGUUUCUGGGCUGAGAUCACAUACGCUAAUACACAAAUGGAGAGAAAUGAACAUGCAGUCGGUUUACCCUUACUGGUUGUCAACUCUGACUAGAGAGAAGUAAGUCCAUGACCCUGAACUACUACAGCGAUGGACAAGAAAAGUGAAAAUGGCUACCCUAGAUCCGGAGGAGAGAGUGGAGGUGGGGGUCAGAGGAAGCAGCUGCCCUACUCCGUAGAGACCCCCUACGGCUUCCACCUGGACCUUGAUUUCCUCAAGUAUGUGGACGAUAUCGAGAAAGGCAACACCAUCAAGAGGGUGCACAUCCAGCGCAAGGCCAGAGGCCCUCCUAAGUUCAGCACCCUGCCCAGGAACUUCAGCCUGCUAGGGCAUGGAGCCAGGCCAGCCCCUAAGGACACCUGGUCCUCUACCUUAGGGCCCAAGCCCCGGGGCAGAAUUACUGAUGUCCAGCAGAUCUUGGAUUUUAGACCCAGUGACGGUGGCACAUCGGGUAUUCAUAGCCAGAACAGCAGGGUGCAAGGGAGUAGCUUUGCCUCUGCCAGGCCCAGGGAGGAGGCAGGUGCCGGGCCUUGGGUGUUAGGUGAACAGCCCCUGGGGAGGCCCAACCUCCUUCGGACGUCCAGCAUGCCAGUCACCAUCCCGCACAGGAAGGCUUCUGAGUCCGGGGACGAAAGAACGGAGAACGUCUCAUCUGAGAACGUGGUCCGCGCUGUUCCCCAGGACCGGUCGGGGCUGCACCAGCAGAUCACAGCAGCCCUGAAGAGGGUCAGAGAGCUGGAGGACAUGGUGAGGACCAUCCCAGAGCUCAAGUCCCAGAUCUGCUCACUGAGGGUGGAGAGAGAGCAGCUAAUCCUCAGGCUGCAGGUCCAAACCAAGCUACAGCCUCCAGCCCACCCACAAAGUGACUCACCCUCCCCAGCCCCAAGCACUGAUCCCGGGCCAGCCUCUCAGCCGCCGGGGGCUGAAGCAGCAGUGGAUCCCGGGAGAGCAGAGAGCACCGUGUCAGAGGCAGAAACGCAACAGGAAUCCUUAAAGAGUACCGCGCAAGAAGAAGAACCCGAUAGGCUUUUAGCAGCACCGGAACCAGAGAGACAAAUACAGACAGCAGAGGGACCAGAUAGACAAACAGCAUUUCUGAAUCCAUUAGUGCACGCAGAGGAAAGGCCAACAGAGCAACCAGAGAACGUUGCAACACCGAACGAACCAGAACCUUUAGACAGCAGAGUGUUUGUGCAAGUCACAGAGGGAGUCAGUGUCAGUGGUGAGGAGCACCAUCUCAGUGUCGAACAGCUCCAGGCUAAGCUAGUAGCGCUAGAGGCUAAGCUAAGUCAGGCUAGCGAAGACCUGGAGAGAACGAACAGUCUCCUGAAACAACAGGUAGAGGAGAACAUGAUGAAGGAGGAGAGGAUACUGCAGCUGAGCGUGGGAGGGACAGGAGGCGCGGAGGAGGUGUUCAGGCAGAGACAGACAAGCAGGAGGACCAGUGUGGACCGGCAGACCGAGACGGAGGGAGUGGGAAGUGCAAGUCAGGAGACAGAGACAGAGAGGACGGAUAUGGUGGAGCAGGGCACGGAUACAGAAAGGAUAGUUAUCUGUUUAACCGGAGAGGGGGCUGGUGGUGUGGAACAGGGGACGGAGACGGAGCGGUUUGACACUCAAGACCAGGUGACAGAGACAGAGAUAGUCAUUGUAUGUCCAGUCAGACCGCGGGCUAAUAGUGUGGAUCGGGGAACAGAGACAGAGAGAGUGGACACAGUGGACCAGGUGACAGAGACACUGCCUGGAGACAGCUUAGACCAGGUGACAGAGACGCAGACAGUCGUCAGUGUAGAUCAGUCAACAGAGACAGCACCUGUACGUCCAGUGAGACCAGCGAGACAUAGGGCUAACAGUGUGGACCGGGAAACAGAGACACAGACAGUGGAUACUGUGAACCAGGUGACAGUGACAGAGACACAGACAGGAGUCCGUGUAGACCAGGUGACAGAGACACAAACACAGACAGCACCUGUAGGUCCAGUGAGACCAGCGAGACAUAGGGCUAACAGUGUGGACAGGGGGACAGAGACAGAAAGAGUGGGUACAGUUGACCAGGUGACAGAGACAGUGGUAGCACAGAGUACAUAUCAGCAGACAGAGACAGAGGGAGAAAGAGUUGAGACGACCAAUAACCACCAUAGAGAAAUAGAGAUUGAGAGUGCGGCCAUAGUAAGUGCGGCCAUAGAAAGUGCGGUCACAGAAAUUGUGGAAGCAGAACGUGUAGUCUCACGCAGUUUGGUUAAGGAGGGUGAGAUCACUGAGAGUGCAGUACGUUUUGUGGUUAUAGAAAGUGUGGGCAAAGAGAAUGGGGUCACAGUGAAUGUGGUCCCAGAGAAUGUGGUCCCAGAGAAUGUGGUCCCAGAGAAUGUGGUCACAGAGAAUGUGGUCCCAGAGAAUGUGGUCACAGAGAAUGUGGUCACGGGAAGUAUGGUGAAGAGACAAGUAGUGGUAGUAGAGGAGACUGUCGUUGAACAAAUUACAUUGACUGAAAGUGUCGUUACACAGAGUAUGACCACAGAGAGUACAGUCGUAGAGAGUGCAGCCACAGAGAACUUGGCAACUGAGAGUGAGGUUGUAAAGACCACAGUUACAGAGAGUACGGUCACAGGAAGUGCGGUCAUAGAAUCUCCAGCCCCAGAGAGCCCAGAAGUAGCACCCACUCCCUCUUCCAGCCAGACCCAGAUGGGUCAGAAGGAGUCGGAGCAGGCCCAGCCCCAGUCACAGGACUCUCGCCAGGGGUCUAACCCAGCCCUGGGCCAGGUAGUGACGCGCCUCACAGGGCUGAUCAAUGAGCAGUGGGCCCAGCUAGGUAGCAGCCAGGACAAGCCAGACAAGCAGGAGACCACCAGCCCGAGUGCCCAGAAGCCUGCAGAAGGGCAGGGUGCGCCCGCUGCAGGGAAGCCUUUAGCGGGGAAGGCAACGGGGAAGUCAGGUCUGUCUAAGAUGAGCUCCAUCCAGAGCCAGCUGGUCAGCUCCCUCAGUGCCCUGUCUGCCUUCUACUCCCCUGGACAGAAGGCAGCUGCCAGCAAACAACAAGGUCUGAAAUCCAUCAUGAAGAAGAACGAUGCCGCUGACAAACAGGGGAACAGAGGAGGAGCCAAGAAGAGCCUAAAGUUUGUGGGCGUCAACGGAGGGUAUGAGACUACCUCAAGUGAGGAGGAAUCCAGUGAGGAGGAGAAGGGGGAGGUAGAGGAGGAGGUGGACAGCUCUGAGCCUGAGGAGGAGCGGGAGAAGGAGGAGGAGGUGGACAGCUCUGAGCCUGAGGAGGAGCGGGAGAAGGAGGAGGGAGGUGGAGCAGCUCAGGGCCAGGGGGAGGCCACAGCUACAGAGGACGAGCCCCAGGGAGCAGGGGCCCAGGCUGGGGAGACGGAGGUCCAUGAAGACUCUCAGGACCCAGAGAACAGCCAGGCACUCCUGGAGGAGCAGCUAGCUGCAUCAUCAGGGGAGACGAUCGAUAAGGGCUUCAUGGAAGCGUGUGACUACAUUGAGGGUCGUAUGGCAGAGGUGGUGGCCCCCGAUAAAGAAAUGAGACAUGUCCUGAUGGUGUUGUACCAGGAGUGGUUCCGUGUGUCUAGUCAGAAGGACUCUCUGGCUGACACCGUCACCCUCUACCUGAGAGAGGUGGGCAUCGCCACGCCGACCCUCCUGCGUUACAUCGUGAACCUGGCCGACGGCAACGGCAACACAGCGCUCCACUACAGCGUGUCCCACUCCAACUUCCCUGUGGUCAAACUGCUGCUGGACACCGGUCUGUGUGAGGUGGACAUCCUGAACAAGGCGGGCUACACAGCCGUGAUGCUGGCCUCCCUAACAGCUGCUGAUGGAUCAGAGGACAUGGAGGUGGCUCUGCAGCUACUGAGACAGGGAGAUGUCAAUGCCCGCGCUAGCCAGGCAGGGCAGACGGCUCUGAUGCUAUCGGUCAGCCAUGGUCGUACAGCCAUGGUGCGGUUGCUGCUGAGCUGCCAGGCUGACCUCAACAUUCAGGACAGAGACGGUUCGACCGCACUCAUGUGCGCGUGUGAGCACGGUCACACCGAGAUCGCUCGGGUGCUACUGGAGUCUGGCCACUGUGACACCAGCCUCACAGACAAGAAUGGUCAGAGGGCUCUGUCGGUGGCGGUAGUGUCCUCCCACGCCGAGAUAGUUGACCUACUCAAGAGCCACUCAGAUUCCACCACCACCCAGGCCUCCAACCCCUCUACCACCACCUCUGCCACCAUCAUCACCACCACCACAGCCUCUCUCCUCUGAGCCCCCUCCAGUAGCCCCUCUCUAACCCCGGACCCACCCCCACCCUGGACCCACUACACCCCGAACCCCUUUCUCUGGACCAGAGGAGGCUGGUGGGUGGAGGCAUAAAAGGAUGGGCUCAUUGUAAUGGCUGGAGUGGAAUAAAUGGAACGGUGUCAAACUGAUCAAUCAUAUGGAAACCACAUGUUUGACUCCAUUCCAUUCAUUCAAAUGCAGCAAUUACAAUGAGCCUGUCCUCCUAUAGCUCCUCCCACCAGCCUCCACUGUCAUGGACCAUACUCUUUUCCAGACUGUCUGGAGGACAGACAAAGGCUGUAUUCACCACCACUGCCUAUAUCUCCCCACGGACCAGAGCUCAGCUCACAGAUGGACCUAUUGGACCGGAGCCCCACCGAUCAGAGCUCAGCUCACAGAUAGACCUAUUGGACCGGAGCCCCACCGACCAGAGCUCAGCUCACAGAUAGACCUAUUGGACCGGAGCCCCACCGACCAGAGCUCAGCUCACAGAUAGGCCUAUUGGACCAGAGCCCCACCGACCAGAGCUCAGCUCACAGAUAGACCUAUUGGACCGGAGCCCCACCGACCAGAGCUCAGCUCACAGAUAGGCCUAUUGGACCAGAGCCCCACCGACCAGAGCUCAGCUCACAGAUAGACCUAUUGGACCGGAGCCCCACCGACCAGAGCUCAGCUCACAGAUGGGCCUAUUGGACCGGAGCCCCACGGAACCAGAAUAGCACACAUUCUUCACAUUUCUGCCAACAUUUAGGGAGUGGGAAUAAUGUGUCAACUGUUUGGCAGCCAGCCAAUGUGACACUAAAAAACCCAGUAGCAGUGGCGACAGUGGUGAUUGACAGGUGAUCCAGGAAGAGGGCAGAAGCCAACAGAAGGAUGAUGGUUUGCUGCUUUAUAAUAUAAAACAAGCUAUUCAGGCCAAAAUAAUCUUAAACACAUGAUCUACCUUAACAAUCGGUCAUUUUAUUAUUAAUACUAUGUUUUUCCUUGUUAUACCUGUAUCUAAGUUUCCAUCCAAUUGGCAACAGAUUUUCAUGUGAAUAUUAUAACAUCCGCAUGAAGAAAAUAUGCACAUUUUCCCUCCGGCGGUGUGUUUCUAGCAAACUGACUUGUUGAUGUAUUGCACACACCAUUUUAAUUUUCGCAUAAAUUCAAAUGUUUUUUGUUGUUGUGUGUUUCAAAAAAUAUAUAUGUUUUACCUUUAUUUAACUAGGUAAGUCAGUUAAGAACAAAUUCUAAUUAACAAUGACAGCCUACCCCAGCCAAACCUCGACAAC